AUUGUUAUGUUAUGUCAGUGUUUGACAGUCAAAGUGUGUGUUAUUGUUGUCAACAAACAAAUGAUUGCAUAAAUGUAUUGCUUAUGAAAUAAAAGUUGUGUUUGUUUUGUGCGAAAGCCGUUGUUUUUUGAGCGGACAAUCCAGUCUUGUGGCCAAAUCCAGUGUUAGUUCACCCCCUGAUCUCGACCUUAAUGACCGACACCAGUGGCCAGACAUCAUCAUCAUCGCCGUCAUCGUCAUUGUCGUCUGAAAGUCACAUCAAACAAUUGGUCGAUGAGUUGUACGACUUUCGGGACAAAUACUUUGUCCGCAAUGCCGUUGCGGCUGAUGUGACGACCGCUGCUGGCGAUAGGACUGCCGCCACCGUUAAGAGCCGACAUUCGGCUGUCAACAAUAAGUUGGCGGAAGUACUCCAAGAGUUUGACAAACUGUGUGCCGAGUGGCCAACACUGGACCGAACGGCCGUCUAUUGUCUGCAACGCGGACGCGCUCUAAACAUCACCGACCAGUAUUCCGAUGAAGCCCACCAACAGUUGCUCCGAGCCGUUAAAUUGUUGCCGAAAUCGCCCGAAGCGUGGAACCAGUUGGGCGAGUCGUAUCGUAAGUUUGGUGAUACGGCCGCCGCAUUGAACUGUUUCGAGUCGGCCGUCAAAUACGGACCAAAUAAAGUGUCUUUAAGAAAUACGUCAAUGAUUUUGCGCCAAUUGAACGGUACGGUAGCCGAACGAGAUAGCAAUCUGACCAAAAGUGUGGACAAAGCCAAACAGGCGCUCGACUGCGAUCUCCAGGACGGUAUCUCGUGGUAUGUGUUGGGCAACGCCUAUCUGACACUGUUUUUUCGUGCGCCGACCACACGAAACUCGGGUCUACUCAAACUAUGCAAAGCGGCUUACAUUAAGGCCAAUGAAGACGAAGUAGCCAAAUGUCAGUCCGACUAUCUCUACAAUUAUGCCACUGUUUUGCACUACGAACAGGAAUUUGCCGAAGCGCUCGACUGUCUUCAGAGGGCAACUAUUGUGGACCCAGAGUGGGAACAACCAGCCAUUAAACUGCUAGAAUUGAGCAAUUAUUUUCACGACAUAUGCGAUAUGAUUGCCAAAAAAGCUUCACUAAAGGCCCGUCGGCUACAAACGCUGAUCGACCAGUUAGUCAAUAAGGACACAAAACACAAACUAUACGCCAACCGAAAAUUGGUCACAAUUGGACAGCUGACACAACCGAGUAUUGCUGGUGCCGCUGCUACGGGUUCUGCUGGCGAUUUGCUCAUAUGCAAAGUAAUGGCCGGCAUCAGCAACAGUUCGGCAGUGGCCUCAACCUACUGUGCUAUCGACAGUGAGCGCCAGUGUUGCGCUAUAUUUAUGUACAACAUUGCCGUACCGUUGGGACCGAAAACCGGUGAUACACUUGUGAUAGCGAAACCAUUUUGUCGCGACUAUGACUUCGAGUUUGGCGGCAAGUCAUACAAAUUUCGAGCCAUACGUGUGGACAAUCCUACCCACGUUUUGGUCAAUCAUAAGCCAAUUAGCAACGAUAGCAUAGUUUUGCCGCACAUUGAAAAUCUAUUGAUUAAUGAUUAAAUAAUAAUCACAAUACUAGAGAUGAUCUCUGAUUUUAAUUGUUUUUUAUAUUUAUAAUAAUUUGGAUUAUAGUAUAAUAUUUAU